CGUAUGAGCUGGCGCUAAAAAUGCCCACGGCGACAUUGUUUCGUUGUUGAGCGCGGUUUAGCGGAUACAGUUGUCGGUGUUUCUUGCGUCCACCCCUCCCGUGGAGCUGGAGUGCCGGGGCCCCUGCCAAGUCGGUUUGAAAAGAGCAGACAAAGGCUUUGAGCCCAGGACGCCCCUCUCUCUCUCUCUCACUCUGCCUACAAAGCCAACCGGGCUCUAUCUUCUUUUUUUUCUGCUUUUCUGUCAUGGAAAUGUUUUUAAAUGCGCGGCGUUGAGAGUGUCGGUUUUAUUUUCACUUUCCCGUACUGAAAUGUACGACCGUCUGGAUCCCCGCUCGGCCGAGAGAGGAAGGCUUUUCGUAGGUUUAAUACAAGGAAGCGUCGUCUGAGAGAAGGGAGCGAGAGGGGGAAGGAUUGACGCUUUUUCCUCCUCUCCUCCUCCUUCCUUUAGCCCCCCUCGCCUCCUCUUUUUGGCGGAGAGAGAAGUUGAGGCAGGAAUAAACGCUUUUUUGUUUUUGCCUUUUUUUUGUUUUAAAUGCAUUUGAAUCCGACUGCGCAACGAGACAGUAUCACGUGGGGUUGGAGAGAGUUGGGUCGAUUUUGCACACUUCAAUGUGAGAAAGAUAAGAGAAACAAACAACUAUUUCUUUUUUUUUUCUACUUCUGUGGAUAACUGGUACUGUUGAUACUUUUGCAUAACUGCAACAGAAGGGGAGUCGGUUCGUUUUUUUCAGCCUUGGAGGUGCGGAGUAUUAAUUCUUAUAUGCCUGGGGUUUGAAAAACAAUGGAGACGCACAUUUCGUGCCUCUUCCCGGAAAUUAUGGCCAUGAUUUUCAGCUAUCUGGAUGUGAGGGACAAAGGCAGGGUGGCCCAAGUGUGUAUCGCUUGGAGGGACGCGUCCUACCACAAGUCAGUGUGGAGGGGGGUGGAGGCCAAGCUGCACCUCCGCCGGGCCAAUCCCUCCCUGUUCCCCAGCCUCCAGGCCAGGGGCAUCCGGAGGGUCCAGAUCCUGUCCUUGCGUCGCAGCUUGAGCUACGUGAUCCAGGGAAUGCCCAACAUAGAGUCCCUCAAUCUGUCCGGCUGCUACAACCUCACGGAUAACGGGCUGGGUCACGCGUUUGUUCAGGAGAUCCCAUCGCUGAGGGUGCUGAACCUGAGUCUGUGCAAGCAGAUCACGGACUCCAGCCUCGGCAGGAUAGCUCAGUAUCUGAAGAACCUGGAGGUGCUGGAGCUCGGCGGUUGCAGCAACAUCACCAACACCGGGCUUCUGUUGAUCGCCUGGGGCCUGCACAGGCUCAAGAGCCUCAAUCUGAGGUCCUGCAGGCACGUGUCGGACGUGGGGAUCGGACACCUGGCGGGCAUGACCCGCAGCGCGGCCGAGGGCUGCUUGAACCUGGAGUACCUGACUCUCCAGGACUGUCAGAAACUGACGGACCUGUCACUCAAACACAUUUCCAAGGGGCUGACCAAGCUCCGGGUUCUGAACCUGAGUUUCUGCGGCGGUAUCUCGGAUGCUGGAAUGAUCCACCUCUCCCACAUGACCUCGCUUUGGAGUCUCAACCUGCGCUCCUGCGACAACAUCAGCGACACGGGGACCAUGCACCUCGCCAUGGGCACCCUGAGGCUCUCUGGGCUCGACGUUUCCUUCUGCGACAAGAUCGGGGACCAGACCUUGGCCUACAUUGCCCAGGGGCUGUACCAGCUCAAGUCCCUGUCCCUGUGCUCGUGUCACAUCUCUGACGACGGAAUAAACCGGAUGGUGAGGCAGAUGCACGAGCUGAGGACCCUGAACAUCGGACAGUGCGUGCGCAUCACGGACAAAGGGCUGGAGCUCAUAGCCGACCACCUGACCCAGCUGGCGGGCAUCGACCUGUAUGGAUGUACCAAGAUCACCAAGAGGGGACUGGAGAGGAUCACGCAGCUCCCCUGCCUUAAAGUGUUGAACCUGGGACUCUGGCAGAUGACAGAGAGUGAGAAAGUGAGGUGAUUGGAAAUGUUUUUGUGGGUUUUUAUGGGGAUGGGGACAGAGGGUGACACAAGGAGCAAGAGGAGGGGUAUUAGAUGGGCGGUUAAACUUCUUUUCUUAUUUGAAAAAAGAGCGAGAACGUGCCGUUUCCCUUCUGUGUGGUUGUGUAAGGUGUGCUUCUCCCAUGUGACCAAUAUUUUGUGUUCAAAUGUUUUAUUUUUCUCUCUGCUGGCCUUGCAGGAUUUCAAUUAGUAUUUUAUAUGACUUAAUAUUCUGCCUGGUAGGUAGCAAUUAAAACUUGCUUUUGCUUGGAGCUCGUGAAAAUCCCUCCUAACAAUUGCUUUGAUCUCGCGUUGAGUUUUAAUAUCUCAGAAAUUCUGACAUCAAACUGGAAUAACUAGUAAUGCAAAUCAGCUCGUUUCACACAUUUAAAAAAGGAAAAAAAAAAGAUAAAACAGUGAAAUUUUAGUAAUCUGCUUACUGGCAAUUGCCUCCGGAAAUCUCUUAAAGUGAAACUUUAGCAUCCAUCUACGACUUCUUUUUUUAUUUCGAAUCAAAAGUGAGGUUUAAAAACUUUUUAACAGUGAGUUCGGAACUAAUCUUCGCUACAGCCAUCACGCCUAAAACAUGUGGCUACCUCGUACGUGGUUUUAUUCAAACGGUGUAUACUGUUAAAAAACAAAACAGAAGCAAGGCGAGAAUGAAAGACUGGGAAAAAAUGUGCCUAAAGGGACUGUGUCGCCCCCCCCCACUCCCCCAUCUCCCCCCCCCCCCCCCUAUCUCUCCCUCCACGAGCAGAGCUGGAAAAAGGAGACCAAGACACAAUCUAACUACCUUUUGUUAUUUUACCCCCCAUAAACAGCAUCAAUUUCCCAGCCAGCCAGAGAGCGAGAGAGAGAGAGAGAGAGGACAGCAGGCUGUAAAAUCCAUUGAGAUUUUAAUGACGACGCUUUAUGCAAAAAAAAAGCAAAAAACUAAAUAUAAAUCUGCUCGUGUGCAAAAGCUUUUUUUAAAUUGUUGUAUUUUCCUCAUCUUUAGGGAUAAAGUCCAACUUUCACGCCCCUUCGGAGAGAAGUUGUGUUAAAGCGUCGGCCAAGAUAAAAGGAGAAAGAUUAUCAGCUUUUCCUUUAGAAUAAAUACCUUUUGUCGUCCUAUAAUAAUAUAAUAGACGUAUAGGAACGUCAGCGCUAUAACGCUAGAUAAAACUGAUCAGGCCCGUAUGAAACACAAUAUACCUGCAUUUGAGAAUGUUAUAGGAAUAUCCAGUAUUUUGUUCUGAGGGGUGUUGGUGGAAAUAAAUGUCAGUGGAUGUUGUUUAGAGCGCCGUACUUCAAAUUGAAGUGAUUUCUAUAUCUUAUACCCUUUAUUGAUCGAAACAAAUCAGGGUUUUUCUCAUGGCUUUAUUUUCCCACGUUAAUGGAGACACAGGUCGCAUUCAUAUUCAUGUUGCUCCCACCGCUGUGAGAGAAAGAGAGAGAGGAGGCUACGAAUAUGUCUUUUUAUUUUCCUCCUCUUUUUCUCCAUCUCUUCCCUGAAUUAAAAAAUACCCCAUUUUGAGACACGCUUAGAAUAAGUAGCCAUCGAUUUUUUUUUUCUUUUCCCUCUGUCUGUGUCAGGUUGCAAGCGGGCUGCGUCCCUUUACCUCCCCACCUCUCCCCCCCUUCUUUCACACACCCACACGUUGACACGCACACGCGGAGGCCUGUGUGUGCGCAUUUUAAUGUAAUGCGAAUGAUGGCCUGCUAGAAAAAUUAAUAUACGGAUGUGCGUCCUGCUGAAACCGCUGUGUGUGUGUGUGUUUGAAUAAUGAAGAUGUACUGUAUAUUAUGUGUUUGUAAAGAAGAAGAAAAAAUGCAGAAUCCCAAAAUUAAAUUGUUUUAUAUUCUUACGGUUAAAACCAUUAAAGAUAUUUAUAUAAUGAAUGAAAA